CAGACUGGAGUUUUCAUCAAAUAUCUUAAAAAGAUGUCAAAUUUCGAGCAAUUUCACAUUGACUUUUACCAGUCCGGUUAUACCAUAGAUGGCCAGGAAGAAAGUUACAACAGUUAUGGGUCUAAUGGAAAUGAUGGUGGAAGCAGAAAGAGCCAGACAGGACAGCAACCUCCAGACAGUGCUUUUGCCCCAUUGGAAAUGCUUCUGCCCUCUCAGAGUUACACAGGUCAGAUUUUGCAUCCAGUGUACAGUCCUGAUGCUCGCUCUCAUCUUAGUUAUGCUGAUGGCUUUGACGAUGAACCUCCUUUGCUAGAAGAACUUGGGAUCAAUUUUGAGCAUAUAUGGCAAAAAACAUUAACAGUUCUAAAUCCAAUGAAGCCUGCAGAUGGCAGCAUCAUGAAUGAGACAGACCUCACCGGACCUCUGGUUUUCUGUUUGGCUCUUGGAGGAACAUUGCUGCUG